ACUUGUGUUUCCUCGGUGGUCCGAGGGGGGCGGAUAGAGGCUGAGAAUAGACAGUAUGCUUGUCCUUGAGACAUGACUGCCCGAGGGUUUCCCAUCUAUAUUACCGGGACAGUCCAAGACUUUAGCGCGUCUGUAGGACAAGAUGUUUGCUGUUUUUGUCAGGGCCGCGGUGAGUCUGUGUUUUUUUUCACUCUGCAUGUAUUUUAGAUGUGAAAUAACCACCGCGGAACGUGAUGUUCGGUUAUCCCACAGCUGACUGGGAGCAGGAGGGGCUGAAAUACAGGAGAGCAACAAUGUCAACAACUCAAUGGUUAAAAUGUGACAUGUGUUUUACUAUCUUACACAAGCUGACGAAGUGUUUUGGCGCCAUUUGAAGCGGUUUUUGUUGUUUUUCGUGCUGCGUUUUUGCAGCUUCCUCCCGUGACAUUUAAAAAACAUUAGCCUAGCCUAGCAUAGCUGUUAGCAUACCGUUAGCUGCAUGCGCAUGCUUCAAUAAAAGCCAUCGUAAUGAAGUCACGCAGAUGUUUCUAAUUGUUCCUCUGUUGUAUUUAUCACAUUUUAACCGUUGCUGUAACGUGUUUAACCAAACAUUAGAAGGAGAACGGUGAGGCAAACAGCGGAGGUAAUAUUGUUUUAUUUUGAAAAACGCUAACCGGAAGUCACCCACAACCCCGUAAACUGGACACAUGAAGGUUAAAGUUGUAAAUAAUAUUUACGAUUUUAUUAAUUCUAUUUAUUUAUUUAACCCUAGAACACUAUUGAUUAAAUUCGUAAUAAUAAUAAUAAUAAUAAUAAUAAUAAUAAUAAUAACUUCGUAUAGCACUUUUAAAAACAGAAGUUUACAAAGUGCUUUGACAUAUAGUCAUAGAGCUCAUGGGAAAAAAAAGUGGAAACCCAAGAAAAAAUUCAUGACAAAUUAAAGUAUUAUUUGCAAAAAAAUAACUGAAAUUAGGCAUUAAUGAACAAAAAAUUCCUCAUGUAGAAACUGGAUAGUUAGUUUCUUUUCCCCCCAUUCCUGGGGCAUGUGAGUCUGCCCUGGUGGUGGAGCUGUUAUGGUCCUUGGCACAAUAAAAGCUGCAGGAGAGAGAACCAAAAUAUGGCAGAUUUGGAGUAAAAAUGACCAGCUGACUCAAAUAUUUCUUAUCAUGAAUUCUCUUGAAAAUCACAACUAGCACGCAAACUCCAGGAUCACUCUUAGUGACCUUAUUCCCUACAUGCAGCUGUCAAAUCCACCCUAACCUACUUUACCCUCUAUCACUAAAGUCACCCUGUGAAAACGUGCCUGUAGGAAAAAGCAGGUUUUGGAUCAGGGAAACAAAUGUGCCUUCAAAGAUGUCAAAGGAAAUGCUGAAGCUAUCCAGGGACCCAUGAUGUUCAGACAAACCAAACAUCAUGAAAAUCACCUAAACAUGUUUGGUCGGGUGUAAAUCACCCGGCGAUAGUGUUCAAGGGUUAAUUUACUGAAUCUCAGUGUUGCUUUAUUUUAAACUAUCCACCUUGAAUAUUGUGGGAUUUUCUUUUCUUCACAUCUUUUUAUUUCAGAGUCUUGUUUCUGAUUUGUCGACGGUGUUAGGUGCACGAAGGCUCUUAAUUUUACUGCUUUUACUUGCUUGUUUGUUUUGGGUACCAUUUCAAAGGUACGGCUGUGUCACCCGUCUAUUUAUAAGCAGGCAGAGCCAUCAACACUGCCUGCAAACAUACAGUAUGAGGGCCGUGUUCUGUUGUUUUGGUGUCCUAUUUCACAGUCAACAAGUCACUUUACAGGAAAGUGUGUCACUGUAAAAAACUGCUUCAUGUUAUUCUUACUGAAACCCACUUACCCUGAGGAGCUUUGUAAGGAUUUAGAUGAAUAAAAACGACAAUUAGGAACUUUAGAAACCUGGAUCUGAGAGGUGGCUUGUGUCAGAUCCUAAAUAAAGUAAUCUGAAUAAACUGAGAUUAUGUGUUAGAAUUAAAUAUUACACAUGCAUAUAAAAGAGUAAGCCUACAGUUCUCUAUUCUGACUCAGACUGUCUCUUUCAGCUGCGGCCUGGCAUGGUGCGGCCUUGUCGCCUGGUGAGACCAGUGACCCAGAUCCAAGAGAGGUCUCUGGUGCACCAGGAAGGUUUGCCGAAGCUGCCCGUGCCGCCCCUGAAGCAGACCUGUGAGCGCUACCUGGCCCUGCUGGAGCCCAUUGUCAGCGAGGAGGAGCUGGAGCACACCAGGCAGCUGGUGGGGGAGUUCCUGAAGGGCGGAGUAGGGGAGAGGCUGCAGAAAGGCUUGGAGCGACGGGCGCGCAAAACAGACAACUGGGUAGAUACCCGCAUACUUUAGCGUGGUAGUCAUUGGAGGAGAUAAAAAUCAGCUUCCAACACUGUAAUCACAGCAGUAAUGGAGGAAUAAACAAAAGCGCUUUAUAGUCUCCUGUCUGACUGCUGCUUUGUUUAUGUAGCUGUCAGAAUGGUGGAUGCAGUCGGCAUAUCUGGACUGCCGGAUGCCAGUGGCGGUCUACACCAGUCCCGGGGUUGUCCUGCCUCGCAUGCACUUCCAUGAUAGACAAGGACAGAUGAGGUGAGGAACCAGGAUCUGCUGCAAAACCUGUCUGUAUGUAAAAAAAAUCUGUUUAUAUUAAAAAAGAAAAGAAAGAAAGAAAGAACCGAUUCUGCUGGAAAUACUGUCAAAAACUACAUUUGUGAACAACUUCAGAGGAAGUCAAAUGGCAGUCUUCCAGAAAGGAGUAAAAAGCCUUUAACUGAAUCGACUAUUUCAUCAUAGAAGGACUGAAAUCAUACACACAAAAGCAGGGAAACAACCCGACAGAAGUCAGUCAUGAUCACCUGAGGAAGAAGUAAUGGGGCAAACCCAAAGAAAGAAAGCCACAAAAACAUGAAUGCAAUGAAGAAACGUCAAACUGUAAGAUGAUAAUUAAAAGAAAUAAUAAAAAUGAAAGGAAAAUAAAACCACAAAAGAACCAAAAAGCUCCAGAAACAGACAGUUUAAUCCUGACGUGUUUCUACUUUCUGGAAGAGUGACUUGUUUGUUUUUUUCACCUUCUUUGCACCACUGUGAAACUUCAGCGCUCUGGUUUUCCUCUUUUUCUAUUUCAUGAUUUACACUAUGUUGACUCGCAGUAUAAACUCUGAAGCCGACCUUUGUGCAGGCUUCUCCUCAGUGCCGGCUAUUUUAAGGUCUACGGCUGCUCACAGCAUUGCUCAGCUGUUUUGGGGCUACUAUGACCCAUGGGACAUGCAGUGAAAACAGUGACACAGUUAAAGUAGUAUGAGGGGCAGUAAGCUAAUAACCCCUCGGCUGAGUUGGACUUAAUUUUACACAAAAACCAAAGUAACUCUCAACUUUGAUUGUCUUUGUUGCAGGUUUGCUGCCAAACUGAUCGCAGGAGUUUUAGAUUUUAAAAGAAUGAUCGAUACGUAAGUUUCCCCUCAAUAAGCACACACGUGUAGAGCUCAUAUCCUCAUGAUGAAAAUGUCUAAAAGUGGAUAACUGGAGCUGUCCUGUUGCAGUGAGACUUUACCAGUGGAGUACCUGAGUGGAAAGCCGCUGUGUAUGGACCAGUAUUAUCAGAUCCUGUCCUCCUGUCGUAUCCCUGGUCCAAAGAGAGACACCGUCAUCAAUCACACCAUCGGGAAAACCGCUCCCACUCAUAUCACUGUGGUCCACAACUUCCAGGUAGUCUUCAUCACACAGCUGAGCCUUCUUCCUCAUAUUUCACCCAGACUUUUAUAACUGAAUAAUCAUCUACAGCUGCAUAAACCUCAUCUGGUUUCCUCUCCAGUUCUUCGUCUUGGAUGUUUACAACAGCGACGGCACCCCGCUGACAGUCGACCAGCUGUACAUGCAGUUAGAGAAGAUCUGGAACUCCUCUCUGCAGACUAACAAGGAGCCUGUUGGCAUCCUCACAUCUCAGCAUCGCAACACCUGGGGAAAGGCUUACAACAACCUGAUCAAGGGUGAGCAGAGACGAGUCGAAAGCUGGGGAUGAUCAGUAUCUUCUCAAUUAUUCAGAGAAACGUAGGAGGUAACUUUAGAGAGACUAAGUUCAGGAGAAGUUUGAUUUUUCCUCCUUAGAUAAAACCAAUAAGGAGUCGGUCCGUGCCAUCCAGAAGAGCAUCUUCACCGUGUGUCUCGACGCCCCCAUGCCUCGGGUGUCAGAUGAGCUGUAUCAGAGCCGUGUGGCGGCUCAGAUGCUGCACGGAGGAGGAGCUCGCUGGAACAGCGGCAACCGCUGGUUCGACAAGACGUUACAGGUCAGUCUUCAGAGAAGUGACUCUGCAUGAUCAGAUGUAUGAUGGCUCAGGUUUGACUGUGUUUCUAAACUCUCCUCAGUUCAUCGUCGGUGAAGACGGCACAUGUGGGCUGGUGUACGAGCACGCGCCCGCCGAGGGACCACCCAUCGUGUUUCUUAUUGAUUAUGUGGUUAAUUACAUGUAAGUGUUUUCCACUUAAACUUUAACAUUAUCAGAUUUUCACACGAGUUUAACCUGACUGAAGUGCGUUUUCCAAACAGGCGUAAAACAGAAAUGGUCCGCUCUCCCAUGGUUCCCUUGGCGAUGCCUCUGAAACUACGCUUCAACAUCACACCUGAAAUUAAAAGGGACAUUGAUAAGGCCAAGCAGAACAUGAACAUGUACGAACUCUGCACGUCUGAUCAUUAUCACGUUAUCGUUCCCUUUGACACCAUGUUUGACUCGCUCUUCCUCCUCCUCUCUGCAGAAUGGUGCAUGACUUAGACGUGAAGGUGUUGAUGUUUUCUCAUUUUGGGAAAAAUGUGCCAAAGCAACAUAAGCUGAGUCCGGACGCCUUCGUGCAGAUGGCUUUUCAACUCGCCUACUUCAGGUAGUCAAAGCCUCUUCCUCUGAUUGGUCAUGUUGAUCGCAGAGUUUUGCUCAUGCAGUGACUCUUGUUUGGUGUUUUAGGAUGUAUAAUAUUUGCUGCUCUACGUAUGAGAGUGCAUCGUUACGAAUGUUCAAAUACGGCCGAACAGAUGUAAUCCGCGCGACGACUAUAGAGUCUCUGAGAUUUGUCGAGGCGAUGCAAGACCCCGCUAAACAGGUACUGUAAAACUUUAGACUUUCACUACAAAUGUGCAGUUUAUGUCCUUUUAAAGAGUCUGACUGAGCUGAUAACGCUGUCAACAGAACACGGAGAGGGUGGAGCUGCUGCGCCGAGCUGCUGAGACACACAAGAAGAACACGUCGAAUGUAAGAAGUGGAAAUUCACAGCGCUUGUUUGAGUUUAUGUGGUUUAUCUAAACAGGUUUGUUGUUUUUUAGGCGAUUCACGGACAGGCUAUAGACAGACACCUCCUGGGUUUGAAGAUGUUGAGUAUUGAGGACCUGACCUCCAUGCCUGAGAUAUUUAUGGACACCUCUUUCGCGGUGGCUCAGCAUUUCAAUCUCCUGACCAGUCAGGUAGCUUUAAAUCGCAGAAAACCGGCAGCCUGUUGUCUCUAAGCACGUGAUUAUGCGUCUUAAUGUUCGUCUGUGUUUGCCCCCGUCUCCGCCUACAGGUUGGCUCCAAGACAGACUGCGUUAUGUGCUUUGGCCCGAUGGUGCCAGAUGGCUACGGAGUGUGUUACAAUCCCAUGAACGAGCACAUCAACAUCGCCAUCACAGCCUUCAACAGCUGCGAGGAGACGCACGCUGCCAAGUUCGCCCAGGCUGUGGAGGACGCUCUGCUGGACAUGAAGGCGCUGCUCGAAGACACAGCUACAGCCGAGCAGUGAUCUCCCGCUGGAGAGCGGCGCGGCGGUUGUGUCCUGCCAGACUUGAACCAGCGACGGGCUGAACGCCACGCUGACGUUCACACAUGGUACACUGAGCUGGCUGGAGCGGAUAGGAAACGGGUCAUAUAAAGGUUUUGGGAAGUACAAUAUUUGACUGUCAGUGCACUGCCUUUGUAAGGAAAAGCUAUUCUCUGUGAGGGAAACUAUAUUUUAACACAUUGUAUUAUAUAUAUAUAUAAACUUGAAAGGAACUUUGCUGAUUGUAAUGGUAAUGAUAUUUAUUUCUUUGUUCAUACAGUGCCAUUUCCUUGUCCUGUCCUCUGUCCUCUUUGAGUUAAAGAUUUUGAGUGUUUUG